AUGUGUAGCAGGAUCGACGACGAGUCGGAGAAGGCCCCGAGCCCUAGUACGAGGACAGGGCUCCUAGAUAUCAGUGGCGCUGACGUUGAUGUCGAUGGGCCCUUCUGCGUUAUCGUUAUGGGUGUAUCAGGGACGGGAAAGUCGACGCUGGGGAGCGCGCUGGCCACCGCUCUUGGGGUGCCCUUCAUCGACGGAGACGACCUGCACCCCGAGUCGAACGUCACGAAGAUGGCUUCCGGGCAGCCGCUCAACGACGCGGACAGGGAGCCGUGGCUCGAGCUGAUCCGGACGCGCGCGGAGGAGAUCUGCAACGAGGAGAAGGAGCGCGCGGAGGAGCGCAUUCUGGAUGGGGAAACGAGUGCGAGUCCCGAGGGGUGCCAUAUGGGCGUAGUGAUCGUGUGCUCGUCGUUGAAGAAGUACUACCGCGAUAUUCUGCGCGGGGAGAAGAAGCCUGCGACGGAUACGAAUCGGAUCCCGGAGCAUCUGGAGCCGCCGCAUCCCGACGCGCUCCCGACGUAUUUUGCAUUCAUCAAGGGCGAUCGGGAGACGUUGAUGAAGAGGAUGCUGAAUCGGCAAGGGCACUUUAUGAAAGCGAAUAUGCUCGAUAGCCAGCUGAACACGUUGGAGAGCCCGGAAGGCGAAGGCGGGGUCAUUGUUGUAGAUGCAAGACAGACCACUGAACAGCAAGUGGAAACCAUACGGGCUGGACUGAGAAACGAGAGAAAGAAAGCAGACAGGGCUUGA